GUGCAAAAAUAGAAAUAACUGGAAUUUCCUAAAUGCAACUCAUAUAAAUGUGGGCAACAUUUAUCAUUUAAACACUGCCUUUUUUACCAGCUGUAGAAUUGUAGCAAGAUGAAUCAAUGCAAUUGUCAUCAUCAUGAUCAUCAUUCAGUGCCAGCAGGUUAUUACUGGCGCGAUUACACGGGCGAAAUCCCUGAAGACGCAUUCCCGGGUGGACUUGAUUCAAACAGUAAACACACCUAUAUCGGUCAAGCAUUUUUAGCAGGCGAAGGUGUCAUUCCGACAACCCUUUACCCCGGUCAAACAGGCUUGAACUUACCUUGCAAUUGGAAAGUGAAUUACUCUGAAAUUUCCAUGAAAAUACUGUGUACUUCAAGCCGGAGUUCUCUUUCUUGGGAAAACACCACUAAUAAGGAACUACCUUUGACUACAGCUGGCAAACGAGCAGUCAUUGGGGGUCACCAACAUCGCGGUAAGCUCAAUGUUGGUCGAGUGUUGCACCAAGGAGAACUAAUUGUGGGAAAAGUGCACUCGAUUCAACCAGGGCAGGGAGAAAUGUACUUUGUGAGUGGUGACAAGGAAAUUUCUGUUAAUUCGUAUCAAGUUUUGGUGGAGAGUUCCUGCAAAUAAAUGUUAUCACUAU